AUGAGUUAUACACACACACACAUAUAUAUAUAUAUAUAUGGAAAAGUUAAUUACUUAUCAUCUUCUAUAGUUGAAAAAAUAAUGGGUCUUUUAACUAUUAUUAAGAAACAAAAAUUAAAAGACCAAGAAAUCAGAUGUCUUAUCCUAGGUUUAGACAACUCAGGUAAAUCUACCAUAGUUAAUCAACUAUUACCGUUACAUGAAAGAAAGAAUAAUAUUACGCCCACUAUUGGAUUUCAGAUUCAAACCAUUACUUUGGAUGAUUCAGGUAAACAAGUGUCGUUAUGGGAUAUAGGUGGACAAAAGACACUAAGACCGUUUUGGGAUAACUACUUCGAUAAGACAGAUAUUUUGAUCUGGUGUAUUGAUAUCAGUUUACCUUUAAGGUUUGAUGAAUCUUUUAACGAGUUGAAAGAAUUGAUUCUGAGAGAUGAGGGAAGGAUUGGGUAUGAGUGUAAAGUUAUUGUUCUUUGUAAUAAAGUGGAUUUAUUAUUACCAGAUGACAUUGAUGUUUCUUUUCAGCAGAUCAAAAAGAAAAUAUUAGCACAACUAAAUAUAGAUAUUGAGGAUGUAGAUUCGAAUAUUAAAAGUCAGAAAAUGAGAUCAGAAUCCAUCUUAUUUUUGAAAUGUAGUGGUAUCACGGGUGAAGGUGUGGGCAAUUUGAAAAAAGAGCUGUUAAUAGAUACAUCUAAUAGAUAG